AUGGACCUUAAAAAUAUUAAUAAUAAUAAUGUAUUACUUGACACCAAUGAGACGGUAUUGUUCUUGUUGGGCAAUAAUGAAUGGGGCGGACCAGCUCCAAUAGCAGGUGUUCAUCAAUGUGGAUACAAUCGAACAGUUAUCGAGUUCACUUAUGACCACUCGAGAGUAGAUGAAGUGGAUGGCAUUUUCUACUUUGCAUCGGAUCUCAAUGCCUCCACUACAGAUUGGAUGAUCACAAUGCCACACCCUGACCGCCAGGUCAAGGUGCUGUAUGGCCUCGAGUCGGCCGGCAACAUAUAUGGCAAAUGCUUUGGCACACCCAGCUGCAUGGAGUACUUCAACUGGACGAUCAGUUUCCAUCCAUAUCCACAUUCCGAUAUCACCGUGUCAUACUUGUUCAAAGCCGACUUUGACAAGUUCUACGAGCAAGAGCUGACUAGACCAUUCAACUUUGAGAGCGCAAUGAAGCUGAGACAACCAGGCCGCGUGGCAUCGUGGUUCACCACCAUCUGCAAUAUGGAGAUUAGCGGAUCAAAGAAUGAAAGCGAGCGCAUCAAAUUCAUGCGUCGCGUCAUGGACAAGAUGCACGUCGACAGCUAUGGAGGCUGUUUGCAUAACAAAGACGAGCCGCCAGGAGGCGGAAGAUAUAACACGAUUGAACAACGAGACAAAAGCAAGAUCGCAGUGAUGAAGACAUACAAGUUCUACUUUGCACUGGAGAAUUCAAACUGUCCAUAUUACAUCUCGGAGAAGGCACUGUUAUGUUUGAUGAAUGGUGUAGUGCCCGUGUACUUGGGUCACGAGACAACAUUACAGUACAUGCCACCUGGAUCAUAUAUAUAUGUUAAGGAUUUCAAGAAAAUCGAUGAUUUGGUGGAUCGACUACUUUACCUGGAUCACAACGACGAAGAGUAUCGAAAGCUGUUGGUAGUGUUGUUGUGUGCACUUAAUAUAGCCUACGUGCUCUAUGGCCUGCUCAGAACGGAUGAUACACUCUGCCAUCCACUCAAGCAUGACGCAGAGCGCUACUUGCAUCGCCUUACAGCAACGCCCGAGAUGGCCAGCUCGGGCAACUUGCUGUUCAAUCACAACUUUGAGUGGAACUCGAUAGGCUGGCGCGAGUACGGUAGAUACAAUCGCAUUGGUCACUUCUCGGUCAACUCUCACUCCUAUCCACGACACGUUGUGGCAAUCUAUCAAAGUUACGACCUCCAUUGGAGCGGCCUGUUCCAACCGGUGGACCUGCGCAAUCACACAACGUUCCGGAGCGCCGGCUACUACGAGCUGCGCUUGGACGUCGACUACAUCAACCUCAACCUAAAGGGCAACCUCAAUCUUAGGAUGCGAGCAUCCAAUCAAGACUUUGAGCCCGAGGACAUCUCUGACACAGAGAGCACCUUCACCGUGCCCAACGGGGAUGGUAGCGGCCAUCCGGUGUUUCGUCUAAAGGAGGUGUCGCCCAAGCUGCAAAAGAAAGAAAUCAGAAGAUUCCUGAACGAUAAUCACAACAGUCUGGGCUCAAUCACAUCGCGCGCAUCAUUGGUCAUGUACUCACAGAAGCCACUCAAUUAUGUUACUUGCUAUAUAUUCACCGAGCAGUCGGGCGUUGCGCUGAUAGCCAACACAUCGUUGACCGUCAAGCACGUCAGUCAAAAGAAAGAGCCCAGUGUCAAGAUGAACCUGCAGCGAUAUGACAAUGAAAAUGACAACGACAACAACAACAACAAUGAAAAGGCGAGACUGUCAGAGAUGAUUGGCGACGAGUUCAAGACGCGAGGCUUGACUUGGGAGCAACGCAGAGUGGUGCCAUUCUACAAGCGAUCGACACGUCGAUUCAAUCUGAAAACCGACACUACAAUCACUGCGCAGCUGGACAUAUCGCGAUUCGCACGACUGCUGGAGCUGUGCAUGCAGUGGGAUGGUCCCAUGUCCGUGGUGCUCUACAUCAAGGAGCAAAAGGACGUCAAGGAGCUGGACAAAAUGCUCGAGAGCUGGGUCAUUGCCAAGAAGUUGGACAAUGUCGACCUGCAUCUGGCGUACAUGAAGUCGGGCAACAAAGACAAGAUGUACCCAAUCAACGAACUGCGCAACAUUGCCAUCGAGCUGAGCAAGACCGACUACGUGUUCACCGUGGACGUGGACUUUGUCGUGUCGAAUCGUCUGAACGAUCACAUCAAGCACAACCUAUACAUCACCAACUACCCUACCAACGUCUUCUUUGUGGUGCCCGCAUUUGAGCUCGAUGGAUACUCGAUGAACAACACCGAGCUUUUCCCCCAGGACAAGAAUGAGAUGGUCAGUCUAAUCAAACAGAAAAGGGCACGCUCCAUCCUCGACAUUGCCUACGAGGAGGCGCAUGGCCCGACCAACGUGGCCAAGUGGAGGGGCGCCAAAGAGCUCUAUGCAGCGCAUCACCGCCACCAUUGGGAGCCGUUUGGCGUGGUGCACCGCUCGACCAUCGCCUACGACGAGCGAUUCGCAGGUUAUGGCUGGGACAAGGUGUCGCACAUCUACUUUCUACACUUGCUCGAGUUCAAGUUCUUGGUGAUGCCCGAGGCAUACAUGGUACACAUGGAGCACCCAUCAUCGACCACAUGGUCCAACAGGACCACGGCGGACAAGGAGUGGAUAUUCAGCAGUUGGUACGAAUCAAUCACCGAGAUCACCUUCAAAUACUUCCCCAACUACUUCAAUCCAGUCCAGAUGAAGCAUGUCUCAACAAUGUCUCAUGACGAGCUUAACAAUGUCUGGACCGAAUUUAACCCAAAAGCCUUGGUAGCUAGUUAG